GGGCAGUCUGGACCAGUAUAAAAACACAUCCAACAGCAGGCUGCCUCAUCCACUUCUCUUGCCUUCUCCUCCUUGGUGAACAAGGUGCGCCUCCAUCCCGCAGCCAUGUCCUGCUACGAUCUGUGCCGUCCCUGUGGCCCAACCCCGCUUGCCAACAGCUGCAACGAGCCCUGUGUCCGGCAGUGCCAGGACUCCCGUGUGGUGAUUGAACCAUCUCCUGUGGUGGUGACCCUGCCCGGCCCCAUCCUCAGCUCCUUCCCCCAGAACACCGCUGUGGGAUCCACCACCUCGGCUGCCGUUGGCAGCAUCCUGAGUGCUGAGGGAGUGCCCAUCUCCUCCGGGGGCUUUGGCCUCUCUGGCUUUGGUGGCCGCUACAGUGGCAGAAGGUGCCUGCCCUGCUAAAGCCCAUGAGGACGACCAGUGAGCGCAUCGACCAGGAAGCCCGAAGCCAGGUGCCGGACUGAGGACGGAGCUGCUGGCCAGGGUUUCCAGAUGGGCUGAGCACCCUCGUGGCCUCCUGCAGAGCAGAGAGGGAAGCCAGGGUGCGAGCCUGUGCUGUCUGGAAACAUGGC